AUGGCUGUUCCUUUGGCUGAGUUGGGCAGACGGCACUUCGUUUCGCAGGCUGCCCUAGAAUCAGUCCUGCAAGACCUUGGCCACGAUGACGGCACGAGCAGGAGAAGCAUCAAGAGAGCCCGGGAUGAGCAGGUCGCAGUGGAGACCGACUUCGGGCACUUGCUGAGCCACAUUGAAGUGGAUGUGCUAGAGAAAAAGCAAGUUGCAAAGGUGUCAUUACCGAUCCUGAACAUUCGGGCCUUUCUGGCACAUCUUUGCAAGCGCCCUGGCACUGCAGCAUUCUUCGCGAGGAAAGUCCAUGCUUUCUACAUCAGCUUCUUCGAGUAUGGACCAGAGGCUAGAUGUCAAGAGGAGGCAUGGUAUUGCAUCUGCCUUUGCAGAAGCCAGCUGGUCAACAAGAUGGUCGGAGGCCUUUCGGCAUUAACCCAUGCCAUCGUCACCAUGCCUGACUUCGCAGCAUUGCCGAAUGGAUGCUUGCUCACCCUGCCCAGUGGCGAAAGGCUAAUGUUUUUUGCUCGCAUCGACACGUUCCUUGCAGACGAAGGUGCUAUCAAGUUAGUCUUUGACAUAAAGGGGGCCUCAGGCAUUCUCCCAUGCGGUCUGUGUGCCAACGUCGUGGGGAAGACUGGAGUGGAGCAACACGAUGCCUCUGGUUCUCUGUGUACGAUUGCAUGCACCGAUGUUCGUCGCUUCAUCUUCAAGACGGACGACGACAUAUAUCAGGCACAUGCACAGAUGGAAGCUAUGCAUGGACGAUGCUCGCAGGCACAAUUCGAGCAGAUGCAGAAGGCUUGUGGCAUCAAUUUCAACAUGCAGGGUGUUAUUGCAAAGAAAAGUCUGCCCUUGGUGCAAACAUGCAUGUAUGACUUCAUGCACAUCUAUUUCGUGCAUGGAUUGUUUCACCUAGAAACUGGCAUGCUUCUGCCACAACUAUACCAUGCAGGUUGCUCACCGGAGGCUAUCUUGGAUUUCAUGAAAUCCUUCACCUGGCCUCAGAGCCAGCAGGGGAUCAUCAAGGAAACCCUGCAGUGCUUCCAAAAGAAGAUCGAGAAGAGCGAGGGCUUCAAGGGGAGUGCCUCCCAGUGCCUCAACUGCUACCCUUUGCUGCGAGCAUACGUGCUGAGCCUUGCUCCCGGGGCCAUCAGUGCAGAGGUGAAGAAAGCUUGCAAAUCCUUUCUCAAUUUGUGUCUCGUUCUUGAUAUGCUCAUGGAAGGCAAUCGUGGCCAGGUGCUUGUCCCAGCAGAACUGCAGAGGCUCAUUACCCAGCACUGUCAGGGUUUUAUGGAAACUUAUGGACCCGAGAGUGCGAUCCCGAAGCUGCACUACUCGAUGCACUUGCCGAUGAUGCUUGCUGCAAAGAAAACAUUGGUUUCUUGUUUCACCCACGAGCGAAAACACAGGGCCAUCAAGGAGUUGGCCAACCAUCUGAACAACCCGGGCACAUGGUACGAAGCAUCGAUGAUGAAGGAAGGUCUAGGCAAGCUUGUGAUGGCAAUGACCAGCGGACCUGCAUUUGCUAUGGAAGCCCAUCUCAUCUCGCCAAAACUGGCAGAUGAAAAUCUGUUGCGAGUGCUCGCUCAGACCUUCGGCCUUGCAGGUGCUCACAAUGCACAGGCCUCAUCUCGUGUUCAGGCUGCACCGGGGCAAGUCUGCACAAAAGGCGAUUUCGUGAUCUUGAAAGCCGGUGGAGUUGCAGAGGCCUGGUUGUUCUGCAGGUUGGGAACUGGAGAGUUGCUGGCUUUGCUCACCGAGUUUGAGGCAUGUGGGCGAAACGUUUUCAAGAGAACGGCGGUCACGGCCCAAAUCCGGCCACGCUUUACACCUGCACUCGCGACCACCAUUGCUAGCGGGCUUUUGCCGGGGUCCUUCCUUGUGCAGUUGGGCCUCUCGCCUUCAGUUGGGCUGAGGGUAUUCCACCGGCGGACUGUGCUGGAUCCUGCCCAACAUGUCAUUUUGACCAAAGGCGAUACUGUGUUCAUCCUGCCCCCUGGGGGCGUGCGCCCCCCGUCCCAGCUCUUACCCGACAUGUUGCGCAGCACGGGUGGCUGGCGCGUACCUCUCGACCCGCCGCGAGGGUCUCUCCAGGUUCCGUUUUGCCUGCUGACUGAUUCCCCUCCAGGGACUAUGAGCCAUGCUAUGCUUGUUGAGGUGCCUGUCCAUCUGAUUGACACUGGUGAUGACCUCCGUGCUUUUUUGGUGGGCUUUCUUCGAGGGGAUCUGGAGAGCUUUUCCGUCUUUCGGCUGGCGCCUCGGGUGCGUGAUCUGUGUUUGUUUGGACAGGCCUGCAUUGAUGUGCUUGUUGUCACAGAGCGCAUCUCGCGGCUGCCAUGCCCGCCCAGGCUGUGGUCUCCUCAACAGGUGCCUUAUGUGCUCGACCUUCGCCCGAUCCUUCGUGGUAUUGGCUGGAGGCCAGGUCUUGACACUGGAGUUUUUGCGAUGAUAUGGGGUCUGCCGGGUCUUCGCCAGAUGCGGGCGGUUCUGAUGGGGAUGGCAGCGAUUCUGAGGGAGCUUGAUGCCUUGCGGCAGGCGGCCACCCUCCUGGGAGGGGAGUGGCCCUACAUCCCAGCUGACUCUGAUGAUGGGUCCCUCCGGCCUGGCGUGCUGCAUGAUGGUGCUGGCUCGGAAUGCACCAGACACCUGCACGGUGCGAAUCAGCCUGCCGGCUACGUUCGCAGAGGCUAUGGUACUGGUCCGCGAGGCGUCUCUCUUGUAGCGUGCAUGGAUCUCCUGCACCUGGACGGCCGCCUGUUCGCAGCGGACGUCCCACAGUAUUGUGGCAGGUAUGCGCUCUUCCGGCUUGCCCAGAGGGCCGGUCCGCGUCCAAAAGCCUUGGCUUGGAUUGCUCAGUUGCACAGAUCAGUUUCGGGCGUGGACACCUUCGGCACCUCUGUCGACUUCGGCGCCACGGAUGCGUUCGCCAGCUGCCGCCGCAGCCGCUGCAGCGAAGCACAGGUGUGUCCUUUCAAAGCCCGGAUUCCGCACCGGCCACCGGCGCAAUGCGAUAAUUAA